AUGAAAUCUUCAAUUCUCCCUGAAUCUAUCCAUAAACAAUAUUUUGCCAAUCAUAUUAACUCCCUAAAAUCAAUAAAGGCUAGAAAAAAUAAAGUUGAAGAAGAGUCUUUAGGUGUAAUUCGAUAGAGUAAGUUAGUUUUAUAUACAAAGUUUCUAUGAUAAAGAAGAUAAAAAAUCAAGUUCAAACUUUUGAAUCACUUGAGGAAAACAAAAGUAUAGCCUAUAGUAAUCAAAAGAUACGUUAAGCUAUUAUGAAAAUUACUAAUCAAAAGUACACAUUUCCUAAAUUACCACAUAUACGUAAAGAAAAAACAGAAGUUUCUGAUGAAAUUGAGAGGGAGAAUAAGAGACUUAAAAAAAGCAUUGCAAAUCUUUAGAAUAGUCUAACUUUUAGAACCAAUCAUUAAACAAUUAAGAAAUCCUAUCAACAAAUACUGAACUAGUAUUGUUAAUCGAGAUUGCAGUAAUAAAAUGAAUAAUUAUAAUAAUGAUUCCGAAAUUGUUAAUUCUUCUAUUGGACCUUUGGCUGUGAGACGAAGUACACUUAAUUUCACUUUUACAAGAGAAUAUGAUCUACCAUCUGAUUCUUUUGAUAAAGCAAUAGAAAUCUUAUAAAAGAAUCUAUAAUUCAAUGAACAAGCAGCAAGAAUCUAUAUGUAGGACAUUCUUAGAGAAUUCAGGUAAACUUAUAAUCUUAAUUUUCUCAGUUAUUUUAAGGCCUUAGAAUCACAAGAAGAAUAUUUUGAUUAUAUUGAAUAAACUAUUUCUAGUAUGGAAUAUAAAUAGGUUAAGAGAGGUAAUAUUGUAUUUCAUUGUGGAGAAAGAGGAGAUUACUUUUAUUUAAUUCUAAGAGGAACUGGAAUAGUUUAUGUACCAAAGAAGUAUUUAAUAAUUUUGAUAUAUUUUUUAGAGAAGGCGAACUUACAUAAUAGAAAGCAAUCUUAAUGAAAAUACAUUAAUGUAAAGAAGAUUUGGCAAAUACUAAAAAGAAGGAUGAAAUAAAAUAAUUGUAAAAGUAAUUACAAGAACUAUAAACUUAAUUAUAAGAGUAUUAAAAUCCAGAAGAUAUAUUACUAUUUCCUUUUAAGAGUAGAUAUUAUUAGAAAUUAUAAAAUGGAUAAAUGAUAUGUUUAUAUAAGAAAGUAAAUGUAAUGAAAGAAGGAGAAUGUUUUGGAGAAGUUUCUUUAUUUCGAAAUGAACCAAGAGCAGCUACAUUGAUUGCAUCAGAGACAUUACAUCUUGGUGCUCUUAAUAAAUCUAAUUAUUUAAGAAUUUUUGAAGUUAAAUUAGAGAAAUUAAAUUUUACACUUGGGAUGUUAAGUAAAUUAUUUCCUUAAUCAUCCAAAGAAAAUGUAAUUUAAUUAAGUUUUGAUUUUCAGAAAAAGAUAUACUCUAUAAAUUAAAUAAUAUUUAAAUAAGGAGAUAUAGUUGAUGGUUUAUAUUUGAUAUUUUCAGGGAUUGUUGAAAUAAUUUCAGAUAAUGUUAGAGUUAAUCAAUUUUGUGAAGGAUAAUUUGUUGGAUUAUUCGAUUUAAAAAAUCCAGAUUUAAGAACUUAUACUGCUAUUUCUGGUUCAUAUGAAACUAUUAUAUAUUUUCUACCAAAAAAGAAUUGUAAUGGAUUAGAUAAAUUUAUGAGAGAGAGAAUGAAUGAUUUAAGAAUUAGCAGUGAAACCUAUCGUUAAGAAUGGAUUAAGAAAUGUCAUAAUAUGAUUGCCUUAUAAAAGAAAGAAUCAAAUAAAGCUGUUUUAAAAGGUGUUAAUACAAAAGAUAUUCUUCAAUAAUGUAUAUUACUUAAUAGAACAAAAACUAAUUCUAAUACUAUCUCUAAAGAUAGAAUUAAUGAAAUUGUUGAAUAUAAUAAUGUGUAAUCUUCAUUAAAAGAGAAACUGCAUAAUGUUAAACUAUGUUUAUAAAUGAGAGAUUUUGAUAAAGAAAAGGAAUUGGUUGAAAAAAUGAUGAAAUAAUAACAUACACUACUUCCUCGUUUAAGAGAAAGACCAAGAAAUUUAGUUGAAACCUAUACUGUAUUAAUGUCAAAAGUGUCUAGAGCAUCUCCUUAGGCAAUGUUUGAAUCAUAAAAUUAUAGUGAGCAUUUAACAAGAAAUAUUCAUGUAGAUAGAAUGAAAUAUUAAAUGUAAAAGAAAAAAAGUGAAUAGAUUGUGAAUUAAAUAAUAGGAAUUUGA